ACCGCUCACCUCUCCGCCAGAAGGCUUCCUUUGGAUUUGGGGACGGCGCGCACGCUCGCCGACCUUUUUUCGGCCAUGCCGGUGGCAUGCGUGAUGAACGUGCUGCGCUGGCUGGUGAGAAGGUGCCGGCGCCGCUUGCUCAAGGGUAAUAUGUCCGUCUUCAAGGCAAACGGGCGAACUCAGUGGGUCAAGAACAUCAAUGGCGAGUUCCCGCUCAGAACAGGCCUGGACUACGACCUGGCAAACGAUGGAGAAGACCGGCGCAAGGCGUCCUGCUGGGCCUUCCUUUGCCAGGACACCGCCGUCUCGGACACAACGGAGGAGACUGCCUCUCCGGAUUUGUCGGAGGAUGGGAUGAGUGAGGGGUCCCGCGUGGACGGGCCCCCGCAGCCGCGGACAAUCUUCCACGCGCUUCACUACACCUUCGAGGAGCUGCGCCGCAUUCUCCCGGAGCUGGCGCUGAAGGGCUUCGAUGCGGUGCAGAUUCCUCCGGCACACAUCAGCCCGCAAGGCGACCUGCGGCGCAGUUGGUUUUUGCGAUACCAGCCGCUGAGCUACCAGGACAUCGACCCCGCCUUAGGCGGCGCUGAGGGCCUGUGGAGGCUCUGCGAGGAGGCGGCGGACUUCCGGAUCAUCGUGAUCGCCGACUGCGUGUUCAACCACAUGGCAGUGGUUGCCUCGUGUCAGGAAUGGCAGCAGGCGCAGUGGGACGGGGGUAAGAUGGAAGAGCUGCAGCAGCGGCUGGACCACACCUUCGGGCCUCACCUGAACCGCCACGACUUCCAGUGGCCCUGGAUUUGCCUGGAGAAUGAGAAGUGGGACGACCCGCAUUACAUGUUCGAGGGCUGGGGCUGCGGGGAGUGGUCCGAGCUCAGCUGCAGCGAGAAGGUGAUUUCCCAACACAUGGGGCAUUUGCAGCAGCUCUUGGACUGCGGGGUGAAGGGCGUGCGCCUGGACGCAGCCAAGCACAUGCGGCCCCAGCACGUGGGCCGCUAUGUGGACUUUGUGCAGGACCAGGGAGGCUUCGUGUACGCGGAGGUUUUGUCCAUGGACAAGCAGCUGCACUCGCAAUACGAGAAGCUUGGAAAGGGGGUGCCCUCCACGGACUUCGCGCUGGCGGCCUCGCUGGUCAAGGCCUGGCGCCAGGAGAACGGCGGCCAGGCGGCCACGCAGCUGCAGGCGAUUGAUCACUUGGGCAGCCACGCAGUUCAGUUCGUGCGGAACCACGACACCAUGUUCAACGAGGGUCCCAUCUGCGGCAUCGACUGGGCCAACGCGGAGGAGGCGGCGCUGGCCUGGGCGUAUCUCAUCGCCAAGAACGAGGGCAGUCUGCUCAUCCACCAGGAUGACAUCCACCCGCCCAUUGUGCAGGCCGCGCUGGCCUUCCGCUCGGAUCUGUCCUCCGUGGCGGUGAGCGCCUCGCCCUACCCCCUGAAGACGGAGCUGGUGGCGUGGCCGCCGCCCUCUUAUGAGACCUUGAGCAUGCUGCUGACGCUGGCCGACUGCCCCGUCGGCCUGGCCGUCUUCAACCUGAGCUCCAAGCAGCAACGCCUGGAGGUGCCUUGGUCUUUGGAAGACUUUGGCGUGCACGAGGUGCGUGCAGGCAACAAUGAGGCGCUCGGGGGCCACUUGGCAGCGCGCUCUGCACGCUUCUUCCUGCUGGAGAGCGCGGCGCCGGUGCCCAACCCGGACGUGCAGUACAUGACGCUUUUCUACUUCAGCACCUGGGAGCACCCGCACAUCCACUUCUGCGUGGACCACGCCUGGACGGCCGCGCCUGGCUGGGCUCUCCGGAAGUCUGAGAAGCCGGCCGUGCGAGGAAUCAAGAUCCCUCGCAACGGCGGCCGCUGGUGGCGGGUGGAUGUGCCGCUGCGGGCAGGGCCGGUGGAGUUCGUGCUGAACGACGGCAGGGGCAGUUGGGACAACCAUCCGAGCUCCAGGGGCAACUAUGUGGCGGAGAUGCCAGGCUUGCACAUCUUGGUGGACAAGAGCCUUGCGACGCUCAGCCUUGGGGCGCCACCAGGCCUUCUGCCUUCCUCUUGAAGGGGACCCCGCCUUGUGCGCCAUUAAUAAAAAGGGGGAGGGGGGGGCCUUCGCCGAAGGGUGAAGCCCAACGCAAGCCGGCACACAGAACCCGACCCCCUUUGCGCCAAGGAGCCUUUGCCUCUAGAAGUCUCCAGCUCUGAAGGGUGCCAUGUUUCGGCGGCACCUCUGGCCAUUUUUCGCUAGAAAUGUUUCCAGUUUUCCACCUGCCGCGAGCUCGCCAGCGAUCUUCGCGUCACUCCUGCCGCAACGAGGCAGAAAUCCUAAAACGAAAUGCGAGCUGCAAUUGAACCAAUUGAGUGCGCUGGUGCAUUUCUCCUAAAGGGCCCAUGCCACGCCAUACGUUAUGC